AUGGAAGACAGCAACAAGAAACUGCUACAGUCCGAUCGAGAUUCUCCGAUAAAAAAGAACCGCUCCUCAAUGCACAAAAUAAGAAAGAGAAUUAGUAGCAUUCUUAGUUCUUUUUUGUUUCCACCGUCUCGUAGUAGUUAUUAUCCAGCACCAGCAACAAAAAUGUACUCUGCUGAAGAAAAAAAGCUUAAAGUUGAGUCUUUGCAGUUGUUUCUUGCGGAUAUAGGGCACCCUAUGGAAUUCAAGCAAGUGGAACUACUGUUGGAGAGGAACUCGUGGAACGCGGAGCUGGUUGCAGACUACUGUGAGGAUAUGGGAAAGGCGGAGGAAGGUCAGGUCGCUGAGGUUAAUAAGAAUGUGUGUAUGGUUGGUGCGGAGAAUGACCGGGGAACCAGUUGUUAUAUUGAUAGUCUUUUGUUCGCGAUGUUUGCUAGAAUGCAAUCGUUUGAUGGUCUGCUUUAUGCCGAACCCGAAAAUUCUGAUGCAUCAGAUUUACUUGUACACUUGCGACUAUUUGUUAAUCGGCUAAGAUCAGGCAGUUUCUUAAACGCGCAAAUGAUCGAGGCAUAUGACAGAGGACAUCCCACACAAGAAGAUACUUCUGAACUGUUUUUAUUUCUCUCGAGUCUUUUUGAACUACCAUACCUCCCACUUGGGAGCCACUUGUACCAUGGCGCAACAGAGGAAGCAAAUGACGAACGUGUGCUCACCGAGCGUAUAAUUCAGAUUGCUAUUCCGGGUGAUCCGCAAGAUCUGACGCCUGUGUCGUUGGAAGAGGCAUUAAUGUUGUAUUUUCAUAACAAUAUUGUGUCAGGGAUCAAUCGUACUGUGGGGAAUGAUUUAAGUGCUCGCGACGGCGGUGGUAAUAAAAUUAAGAAUGAUGGGUUGUUGGAAUUAAAGGAAGUCGUGGAGGAAGAACAUGAAGAUGAAAAAUCUCAGAUUAUCGAAGAAAUACCGGUGUCUGCAUGGCAGGUCUUAAAACUUUUGCCUUUUUAUUCUGCAAGCAAUGAAGAAGGCGAACAGAUCCAUACAGGCACUUUUCAAUUCCCCGACAAAAACCUAAUUCUUCCGCUAGUCUUAAAACGAUACGGCUACAAUGACCAAUACAAACCAUUUCGAAUAGAAAAACGAGUGAUCAUUCCUCCCCACGUCAAUUUCAACACAUUCAUCAAUUCAGAAGCGGAGGACGAACCAUGCCGUUGUAAUACCGAGCAUCGGUAUAGCCUGCAAUUACGAUCAGUUGUUUGUCAUAUCGGAAAGAAUCUAGCGUCGGGGCAUUAUAUUGGAUACACUUCUGAUGAUGAAGGAUGGUACAAACUCGACGACCUAAACACCGAACAACGCGUAAAAAGAUACAACACAAUCGAAGAAAUAACAUAUCUAUUUAACGAGUUUAGUCUUAACGCAUAUCUGCUGUUUUACGAGCUAAAUCCUAUGCAUCCGGCGAUUACUAUUGAAGAGGAGGCGAUUGAGUCUGACCAUCAUGUUGCGAAGAAGCUGCAGUUGAUAGAGUUUUCAGCUUCGAAUGGUGAUGGGUCGGGUGAGAAUUGCUGUAUACAGUAA